AAAAAAAAAGUAGUCGACGUUUUUGGAGGGCAUGUUUACGGUGUCACACCAGAAGCGAGCUCGACUUCCUCUCGCAUUCACUGUUUUUUUCGUGUUUCACAUUUGUCAUAUUUAACAUUCCCCGUCGUCUUUUCGCCAUAUUUUAUCCACGCAGGCAUGAGCCGUGAAGGACAUGGCGAUGACGGUAGCAACGGAAAACCGCAGGUCGCGUAUAUAUUUAGUCAGGAAUACGUUCAAACUUGUGACUCUUUCGCCAAAGUGCCAAACCGAGCGAGGAUGGUCCACUCACUGAUAGAAGCCUAUGGCCUCCUCAACUAUAUGAGCGUUGUGAAGCCUCAGGUGGCCACCAUCAAGGACAUUGGUCUGUUCCACUCCGACUUCUACCUGGAGCAUCUUCACAAGGUCAGCCAGGAGGGGGACAACGAUGACCCCGACUCGGCCGAAUACGGCCUUGGUUACGAUUGUCCAGUGGUGGAGGGCAUAUUUGACUACGCAGCCGCAGUAGGGGGGGCGACACUCACAGCCGCACAGUGUCUGGUGGACCAAACGUGCCGGGUGGCCAUCAACUGGGCCGGGGGGUGGCACCACGCCAAGAAGGACCAGGCGUCGGGUUUCUGCUACAUCAACGAUGCCGUGUUGGGGAUUCUCAAGCUGCGGGAUCGGUACAAGAGAGUCCUUUACGUGGACGUGGACCUGCAUCACGGAGACGGUGUGGAGGAAGCCUUCAGCUUCACGUCCAAAGUCAUGACUGUGUCCCUCCACAAGUUCUCGCCUGGGUUUUUUCCAGGUACAGGCGAUGUCAGCAAUAUCGGCGUGUCCAGAGGCCGCUGGUACACAGUCAACGUACCGCUGGAGGACGGCAUCCGAGACGACAGAUACUACCAAGUCUUUUCCAGCGUCCUGCCGGACGUGCGCGCUCACUACAAGCCGGACGCCGUGGUGAUGCAGCUGGGCGCCGACACCAUGGCGGGCGACCCCAUGUGCUCCUUUAACAUGACGCCGCUAGGGGUCGCCAUGUGUCUGCAGGACGUGCUGAAGUGGAGCCUGCCUACGCUGCUGCUGGGAGGGGGGGGUUACCACUUGGCCAACACGGCCCGCUGCUGGACCUACCUGACGGCAGUUAUAUUGGGCAAGACCCUCGCCUCGGAAAUACCCGACCACGAGUUCUUUACAGAGUACGGGCCCGACUAUUCCCUCGAGAUCAGUCCGAGCUGUCGCCCCGACCGCAAUGACGCAAAACAGCUGGAGGACGUCGUCGCCAAAAUCAAAAGGAAUCUGAAGAAUGUGGUUUAGGAACCGUCCGCGCUCACCGAUGAAGACGAUAUGGAUGGCAGGCCUUCAGCACCGCAGCCCGGCUUGGUUCCGAAGCGUUUCAGGGCCCGUUUAGGUUUUUUUGGAGGAGCUGAAGA